CUUCGCAACGCGGUACAUCCAGAGUUUGUGCAAUGUCUUACACGGCUAAAAUCGGACCCUCGAUUUUAAACAGCGAUCUUUCCCAGCUGGGCAGAGAAUGUCAGCGGAUGAUGGAGUGCGGUGCCGAUUAUUUACACUUAGACGUUAUGGACGGGCAUUUUGUUCCAAAUCUCACGUUUGGCCAUCCAGUGGUGGAAAGUCUGCGGAAAGCUGUUGGUCCAGAUCCUUUCUUUGAUUUGCACAUGAUGGUUUCCAGACCUGAACAGUGGGUAAAACCCAUGGCAGCAGCAGGAGCUAAUCAAUACACAUUCCAUCUGGAGGCUACCACAAAUCCAGGAAACCUCAUCAAGGAAAUCCGUGAGAGCAACAUGAAGGUUGGCCUGGCUAUCAAGCCUGGAACAACAGUUGAAGAAUUAGCACCAUGGGCGGGGCAGAUUGACAUGGCUCUAGUUAUGACAGUGGAACCUGGAUUUGGUGGGCAGAAGUUUAUGGAUGACAUGAUGCCAAAGGUCAACUGGUUAAGGAGUCAGUUCCCUUCCCUGGACAUUGAGGUUGAUGGAGGAGUUGGACCAGACACUAUUCAUCGAUGUGCUGAGGCAGGGGCUAACAUGAUUGUAUCAGGCAGUGCUGUAGUGGGAAGCAGCGACCCUCGUUCUGUGAUUGCCCUUCUCAAAGAUGUCGUCCUCGAGGCCAUACAGAAGCGAUCUCUGGACCGUUGAUAACAUUUAAAUAAACACUAAAAAGAA